UUUGCUUUACGAAUAUAAGAUGUGGAUUUAUGUUGUUUACUUAUUCUAAUUAACUUCGAUCUUUAAAGUAAGCCCACAGUUCUGUUAAUAUCGGUGAAAAAUAUUUAUAGGAAUAUUUUUGUCGAGAUUUAUUGUGGUAGUGAUCCCAUAAGUAAAUCGUGAGCACAAAUCCAGAGAAAAAACCUCAUGAUACUAUCCCGACAUGGUAGUGAUCCCAUAAGUAAAUCGUGAGCACAAAUCCAGAGAAAAAACCUCAUGAUACUAUCCCGACAUGACGAUGCAUGACAACUAUGCUGUUUAUGUCGACAGAGUAGUCAAGAAGUAUGGCCAAAAAGAAAUUUUGUCAGGACUAUCCAUGAAAGUGGAGAGAGGAGUUAUAUACGGCUUAUUAGGCUCAAGUGGAUGUGGAAAGACGACCUUGCUCAAUAGUAUUGUUGGUCGCAAUAAAAUCGAUGGGGGUGAAGUAUGGGUCCUGGGAGGAAAACCAGGGCAACCAGGAAGCGGUGUACCAGGUCCUAGAGUAGGCUACAUGCCUCAAAACAUUGCACUUGUUGGCGAAUUUACUGUACAAGACGCUAUUUACUAUUUCGGAAGAAUUUUUUUAAUGGACGAAGAUGUAAUAGCUACGAGGUAUAGAGAACUACAUAAACUUCUGGAACUGCCUCCGAACGACAGAUAUUUGAAAAAUUGCAGCGGUGGUCAGCAAAGACGUGUUUCGUUAGCAGUAGCGUUAGUACACAAUCCAGAGUUAGUAAUCAUGGAUGAGCCAACUGUCGGAAUGGAUGCAGUUUUAAGAGAAAGAAUAUGGAACCAUCUAGUAAAAAUAACGAGGGAAGGUACUUCUGUGAUUGUUACCACACAUUAUAUAGAGGAAUGUAGGCAGGCUAACAAGAUAGCCUUAAUGCGAGAUGGAAUUCUUUUAACCGAAGAAUCUCCAACACGAUUGCUCACUUUGUUUAACAGCGAGACACUGGAACAAGUUUUUCUGCAGUUGAGCCAACAACAAGAAGCAGGAAAUUUAACAGGACUACCGGAACUGAUCGAAGAAGUGCAGAAUAUUCGACUUCAACAAAAUGGUGGUUCCGUGAGCAAUACAUCUAUAAAUGAAAUUGUUCGCCAAUCUACAGAAGUAUUAACAAAAAAACAAAUUCUCAAAACGAAAGACGCAUUAAGCAGAACUAGAAUGAAAGCCUUGUUAGAUAAAAAUUGGAAGCAGUUUUACAGAAAUGUUACGGGUGUUUUAUUUUUAUUAACUUUUCCAAUACUAACAGUGGUUAUAUUCAUGGGUGUGGUUGGGGGAGACGCAUUAGACACACCACUAGGCAUUGUCAACAACGAAGCCAUGACGAUCACUUGUCCUAAUUUCUCUAAAAAUGGAACCGCUUUUGUAGGAGCAGAUAGGUACUGUCACUUUAAGAACCUGAGUUGUAGAUUUUUGACGUAUUUAGAUGAUCCAAUGAUUAAGAAGAUUCAGUUUAAUAAUUUAGAAGAAGCCAAGGAUGCUGUAGUACAUGGAAAAAUUAUUGGUGCUAUGUAUAUGGAUUCCAAUUUUACAUCAUAUUUAAAUGAGAGAAUAGAAAAUGGACGGUAUGCUGAUAGUGAAACUCUUUCGUUAAGCGAGAUCAAGGUGUGGAUGGAUAUGUCUAACAGACAAAUUGGAGCAGCUCUAAAAUACAAACUUCUUAAUCUCUACUCCAAAUUUCAAAACGAACUUUUUGAUGACUGUCAGUAUACACAUGGAAAUAUGCCAUUAAAGUUUGAUUUCUUUUAUGGUCGAAACGAUGAGCCAUUUAUAUUAUUCAUGAUUCCUGCAUGUCUUAUAACGAUUAUGUUCUUUAUGGGAUCAAUGAUGACUUCUCAGAUAAUAAUAACAGAGCGACACGAAGGAAUUUGGGAUAGAUCUAUCGUUGCUGGAGUAACUUCCCUAGAGAUAACUUUAACCCAUAUAGUCCUACAAGCUUCCGUUUGUGUUAUACAAACUAUAGAAGCUUUAUUUGUAGCGUAUCUAUAUUACAAACAUGAAUUUAUGGGCAAUAUGGUGUUAAUGUUCUUUUUAAUAUAUUUAUCUGGGAUUUGUGGAAUAUCAUAUGGAUUUUGGAUCUCAGUAGUAAGCGUCAACCAUUUAGUAGCCAACCUAGUAAUUACUGGUAUGUUUUUUCCCAUGAUGUCAUUAUGUGGUUUGAUGUGGCCUAUUGAAGGCAUGCCCUUGGCAUUAAGAUUUAUUUCCAAAUGUACGCCAGUAACAAUACCGAUAGAAUCGUUCAGAAACGUCUUCAAAAAGGGUUGGACUUUGGAUAACUUCGAGGUGUAUAAUGGAAUUUGUGUUGCGUUAUUUUGGACAUUAUUUUUUGCUGUUUUGAGUGUAAUAACGAUUAAAAGAAAACGUUGAGAAACGAAGAAAGAAUCUUUGUAAAAUUUUAAAUUUGAUUGUUGUACAAACUUCAAGUAAUAUACAAUUUAGGCAUUAUUUUAUAAUUAUACAAUUCUAAUUUAUAAAUACACCGUAAGAUAUACAUUCUACUAGGUUUAGCUAUAAUUUUGU